AUGGCGGACGAAAGUGGGAUGGCAGCGAAGUACCAGAUGCUGGAGGAGCUUGGAAGUGGGAGCUUCGGGACUGUUUACAAAGCAAUUGACAGAGCGACAGGCGAGAUCGUUGCUAUCAAACACAUUGACCUCGAGUCCAGCGAUGAUGAUAUCCAAGAAAUUCAACAGGAGAUUACCGUUCUGUCGACCUGCGCCAGUCCUUACGUCACGCAAUAUAAGACCAGUUUCCUCCGAGGAUACAAAUUAUGGAUUGUAAUGGAAUAUUUGGGAGGGGGGUCUUGCCUGGAUCUGCUCAAACCAGGCGUGUUUAACGAAGCCCACAUCGCAAUCGUCUGCCGUGAAUUGCUUCUCGGCUUAGACUACCUCCAUCAAGAGGGCAAGAUCCAUCGCGACAUCAAGGCAGCGAAUGUCCUUCUUUCACAUACCGGGAAGGUGAAGCUAGCAGAUUUUGGAGUUGCUGCCCAACUCACCAACAUCAAAUCACAACGCAACACUUUUGUCGGAACCCCGUUUUGGAUGGCACCGGAGGUCAUUCAACAAGCUGGAUACGACUUCAAAGCUGACAUCUGGUCCCUUGGUAUUACGGCAAUGGAAAUGAUAAACGGCGAGCCCCCGCAUGCCAGUACACAUCCGAUGAAGGUAUUGUUCCUGAUACCAAAGGCAUCGGCCCCACGGCUAGAAGGUGCAGCCUACAGCUGGCAACUCAAAGAUUUCAUUGCACAAUGUCUUGAGAAAGAUCCGGAUAAGCGCCCUACCGCGAAGGAGCUCCUGAAACAUAAGUUUAUCCGUAGCGCUGGCAAGACCGAGGCUCUUCAAGAGCUCAUACAACGGCGACAGGAAUGGGAAGCUACAAAGGGCCUUGCAGCUAAUAUUAAAUAUUAUGCGGAACCAAUGGAUACGAUCACAAAUAAAAGUACGGAUGAUGAUGCCUGGGUGUUCGACACAAUAAAGCCUGGUGCGGCAACUCCGUCAAAGGGCUUGCAUAUAAAGAAUCAACCUUCAGUUCCGAACACAGAAGAGGCUUCCGAACCAUUGGAAUCUAUGCACAAUCUAACCUUGGAAAGUGAAUUUUCUGGUCCAAAACCCGUCGCAAACUCAACCGUUCGUCGCACCCGCGGUACAGUAGCUAGGACGCCGUCGAAGCGCUCCACUAGACGCCGAUCAAGUAGUGUCAAGCAACCUCUAGGUUUGGAUAUGACAUUUGGGAACUCACCUUCGACCGUGAGACAAUUCCGUCGAGUUUCCGAUAGACAAAGCUCUCUUGACAAUAAUGCCGGGUUUGUUCCUGGGAUGAAUGAAAAUUCUGUGCCUAAAACGCUAUUCACCGAGCCCAACAGCAAAGAAGCAAUCUUAGGUCGGAGAAUGUAUAACUCUGGCAUUGGGCUUACCUGCCAGGAAGUUCUAGCAAAUACCAGCGAUCAAGAAAAGCGAGAGGCAAUAUCGCGACUAGCCGAAGCUUUCAGUGAUCUCGAAAUGAUCGACCCUGAAGGGCUAUAUCACAUUGUUAAAUCCUCAUUUGAGAAAUUACAGGCUGACCCAAAAAUAUCAACCGUGCUUCCAAAGCCAGCCCCAGAGACGCCACAAAAGCCAAAGCUGGUCCUUGCUCAGAACAAUCCACAUCUAAAAAGCCACAGACGACGGCAAUCCGCUCAGGUUCAGUCAGAACACAACUGGAAUUCCGGAAGCCCCAUACCUGGCCAACACCCGGUUGGAAUGGAGCAUACUAAGCAGCUUGCCGAUGUUCUAUACACCCGCUGGACUGACGGGCUCCGAAACAGAUGGCCUGCCGUAUAA